AUGCAACUGAGGAGAACUGUCACAGUGCCCACACGUUUCGAAGAUGAGGUGCACAACUCAUCGCCCAAUCGAAAUGGAACAAAGCCAGCUUAUCCCACCUUACUCAAAGCUCAGAUUGUCCCGUUCAAUCCAAACAACCCUCCAGCAGCCUUUCCUUCACUUCCGCUGACAUCUGCCAGUACACCUGCUGCGAGAGACUCAGACAGACCUGAAGAGAUGGUGAACAUCCCUGACACACUUCAUUCACUUCGACUCGAGGGUCUCGGUAUCAACUUGGCAGGCAGCGGCGCGGUCGAAGAAGACGACCCUCCAGCGCAAUGGCAUACAGUUGAACCCAUCACAGUACAGCAAGACACCGAAAUAACCGAGGGACCAAUUGUAGAUGACCCGAUUGGCGCAGAAGUCCUAACCACCAGCUCAAAUGUCUGUGGACUACUCAACCGCCCAAAGCUCAUGUCAGCUGAUACUUUACAGACAAAUUGCGUUGUAACAUGGGACCACCUCCCACUGUCCCUGCAGUCUCAUAUCUACAAAGCUCUAUCGGGAAGCUAUCCCUCGAAACUUGCACCCAUCCUUUUGGGAUUGACGGAGCAUGAAGCGUUCCAGAUCGAGAAGGCUGUGAGCAUGCGGGUUUUGCAUCCAGCUACGGUUGCGGAGAUCUGGGACUACUGUUCCAAAGCUAGCGCUGAAGGCUCUGCACCCCUUCAACCGCCCUCCGUCAUUGAUGCGGAUGUCUUCGAUGAGUACGUUGGCUACAUGGUCUUUGCGAGCAACUAUGAGCUAGCAUUUGAGUCCGAGGUCCGCCUGGCAAGAGAAUUCUUGUCUAGUCGUGGCAUUGCGACGGAAGUGCUUGGAACGUGGAUGCCAGAUCCUUCAGAUGUGCCGUUUGACGGACUCUUCAGGCAUGUCCCCGGCACUACGGGUAGGCCGAGUCUGUCGAACAAUCAUCUGGCAAUUGAUUCAGGAUAUUCAUCCCUAUCAGAAGCGGAUCAGACCCUUAAUGCAAAGUCGAGCGACCGGCACUCGCAGCCUAAACACGAUCUGAUCAAAAAGAGAACUGCGGGAAACCGAAGCACAAAGCCAACGACUCCAGCCAGCUUAGUCUAUUCGAUAAAACAUCGCCCGACAUUCGAGCCUCUCUCGACAAAUUUCAAGUCGAACUUGGUGGUGAAAAUCACACCCCAUCCCCGUGCUAUCGUCGACAAUGUUGGUGGGUUACAAGGUACAUCAGGGGAUCCAUUUUUCGAUGCUGGAGACUUCAAUGAGAAGCGAACAGGCGUCCCACACGCCGGUUUGCACUCAACCAAAGCUGCCUCUCCUCAUUCUACACUGGAAACUUCCCAGAAGUCGCAAAUCGAGACACGAGAUGAAGGUCCAAUGGUUGUCGACCAACCCCGUGAUUGCUCCGCCUCCGAAGGUACAUUGGCGGCAUUUCUUUCAAAGGCUAACGAACACGUUCGGAACCUGGAAGGUGAUGACGCUUCUCAACAGCCUGCUUCACAGUUGUCAGAAGAACGUACGCAGAUUGGGGAUGCACCAAAUCCCCAGCGCCUAGUUCUCAGGAUACAGAACAAGGACGGGCUGGCAAAAAUCUUGAGAACGAAACCAAGACACGCGAAUUGGGGGCAACAAGCAUUACUUGCUAAUUCUGGAAAUACAACAGCACUUUCACUGAAGCGGGCCGCGAAUCCGUCUGAGAGCUCAUCACUCUUCUCCCCGUCACGCAGUACUGAUGUAUCUGGUUUCAGCACGGCUCCCGUAGUGGAGAACGUGGAACGAUCUCUGCACUGUGGCAUGUUCGACAUUACCCUUUUCAGGCCGGAAAAUCGUCUCCCAGUCAAACCCCAGUCACGUCCAGGUGGUUCUGGACCCGUGGCACCCGAAGGCACAAAGCGAAAGCCUUCUCAAUCUGAUAUUCGUCCAGAUACCAGCAAAGUUCAACGACUGCUAACCGUUCUGACUUCUGCGACUCCCUCGAAAGCUAUUUCGCUGGGGUACAACGGCGAUAACACCAAAGUCAAGGACGAAACGUCUAAUGUUGAAUCAGCAACAGCUAUGACAGGCACUCUUGAGGGCACAGGACCCCCAGAAAUCUUAGAGUCAAGAUCUCCGGUCUCUCCGUCGUGGUCCCCGAUUUCCGAAAAUGAAGACUUACAGGAUUUUCAGGCUCGACUCCGGGGCUCGCCGAUGCAUCGAACGAGGGGAGAGGUUCCUGAUCCCAGCGACGGCCUUUCUUCUCACCCAGGCUUCGCUCUUGCCCCUUCCUCCGCAUGUGCUGCAAAACUAGCCGCACUGGCAGAAAGUGAUAGGCAUCUACCAAGCUCUGGUGCAGGCUCUUAUCUGUCAGCAGAGGAAAUCCAGGACACUCCCCCGAACAUUGUAGAUGAUGUGGUUAACCAAAAAACCUCUGGAACUGAUCAGCACAAGCCACUCACUUCUGGGGACGUCGAAAUGGACCAAGGAAAUAAGGCAUCACUUUCGAGCACGACGAGCGAACAGACAUCCAGGACGACUCGGUCGGGAAGGACAGUGCAGAGGAGAACCGCCAACCAAAAGAAACGCGGGGGCCAGAGAGGGCCGAGAGGACCAUACAGGAAAACGCGGGAACGGCUUGCGAAACUUGCUGAGGAAGGGAGUGUCAAGACUACCUGA